UCGUUGUUGCCCGCGGGGAGGGGAGGCACUGAGCAGGCAGCUAGCCGAUGAGAUAGUCUGACUCCCGACUGACUGACGCAGGACAUAACAGUGGACGGGCGGUGACUCCGUGGUGCGAGAAUAAUCCCGAGAAGCCAUCAAAAAAUAUUCUCACCUAUUGACAAUCUUAUCCAAGACCAUCAGUGAACAAUGAAGGCGAUGCUGGUGACCCUUCUCGCGGUGGCGGCAGUGGCUCAGAGUCAAGCGAAGGACGGAGAAAAAUUCCCUUCGGGCAUCGUGAGCGUCGGCGAGUGUCCAUCCAUUACCCCCAAGGAGGACUUCGACCCCGCCGCCUAUCUGGGAGCCUGGUAUGAGAUCGAGCGGUUUAAUAUGAUCUUCGAAGAGGGAAUGGACUGUACACAGUCUGUCUACUCCGACCUGGGUGACGGUGUGAUGGAGGUGCACAACGUGGGGCGCAUCAGCCAGGGGCCGUUCACCGCCGUGGGGACGGUGACGGUAGAGGAACCCGGUGCGCUGCUGGUCGCCUAUGAAGGAUACAUACCGGAGACCUUCUACGUCCUGGACACAGACUACACCACCUUCUCCGCCGUGUACAAAUGCGAGCAGAUGGGGGAGCUUCGCUCCCAGUACGCGUGGAUCGUCUCCCGCGCCCUGACCCUCAAUCAGGCGACCCUCAGUCACGUCCACCAAGUUUUCGCAAGCAACGGCGUCGACGUGCGCCUCUUCCAGCCCACCCACCAGGGCAGCGAGUGUCCCUACCUGAACAACAAACAAGAGCUGUAACGCAUGCGGCCCCACCUGCCCCCUAAAAUCUUCAUCAUACGUAGAGCUAUUCUUGUAAAACUCUGCUGUCUGCAAAUGUGGACAAGGAUGGUCUCAGUUAUCCUUAAGGAGUUGGGUAGUAUAUAAUUUUGUGUCAAUAGUCCUCAUUUCAAGGAAAAUUAUGAUAGGAGAAUGGAACUUAUAUUAAUUUAGGUUGUGACCAUAAUCUCUAACAUAUAUUAUAUGAAGAGUAUCCUUUAGGGAAAUUAACCUCUAUAGUAUUACUACACUGCUAAUGUUUUACUUGUCAUUACGUUAAGUUACACAACACAUGUGUGUUUAACUUCAACAUUACAUCCUGAUUCACAACGCACCGGGCUGGAACGUCGCUGCCGCUGAGUUUUCCUGCACCGGUUGUGUCCUCCGCCUAGGCAGCGAGACACAGUCACCUUUACCCGUAAGGUUCAUUGCCAUGUUUACCGCUUCAUGACUGACUGUUUUUCAAAACACCAACGGUGAUGUGUGGCGUCGUCUCGCUCAUAUCCAGUUUAUCUGUCUUUGAACGACCGUAACAAACUUACUCAAGUUUCUUCAUUGUUGUGAAAUAAAAAGACGCGCUCUAA